UACUAUUCUAUCAUCCAUGCUGGCCAAGUAGCCUACAUCGCUAGACCUUGACAUAUACAAGCAUCCCCCUCAACUACGCCAUGACUGUGCGGUCGAUCGGGAUCUAAUGCUGGAAUUCCUCAAAGCUCCGACAUCUCCGUCAGUCUAGGUCUAGUAUAUACUACUACUCCCGUCUCCCCUCCCUUUCGGGGCUGAACGGGCCAUGGCUGCCAAUUAUUGGGCGUCGACUCAGCGUCGACACUGGCUAUUCACGCGCGAAAGGUUGAUGGAGAUCGGCGAAGGGUUCAAGGAACGAGACAAGAUCGCGCAUUCCCAGUUUCCUUUGCCGGAUCAAAGGUUGCUCAAUAUCUAUUUUAGCCAACGUAAGAGAAGAUGAGAUGUGGCGUGAUGAUUCUCGCAGCGACUGAGAGCUGAAAAUCCGGCAGAACUGAUUAAACUUGGAAAGAGGAUGUCGACUCGACAGCAGGCACUCGCAACGGCUCAAGUGUACAUCAAGAGGUUCUACACCAAAAAUGAAAUCAGACACACCAACCCUUAUCUGGUCGUAACGACCGCAUUUUAUCUCGCCUGCAAAAUGGAGGAAUGCCCUCAACACAUUCGCUUUGUCGUCGCCGAAGCGCGUAACUUCUGGCCGGAGUUUAUCGCUCCCGAUGUCUCGAAGUUGGGCGAGUGUGAAUUUGCCUUGAUCUCCGAGAUGAACUCUCAGCUUAUUGUUCAUCACCCGUACCGAACGUUAUCGGAGCUACAGCCCGAACUAGCUCUUACGUCCGACGAGGUUGCUCUCGCGUGGUCAGUGAUCAACGAUCAUUACCUGACGGACUUACCACUACUUUAUCCGCCCCAUGUCAUUGCAGUCAUGGCUAUUAUCGUCGCCAUCGUUUUCAAGCCGAGUCAAACCAACUUCCAUGGAUCUGCGGCUCCCAUAGCCUCGGCCAUGCGAGACGGGGGCAUGAAUAUUCUAGCGGCACUGGGGGAUAGGAACGGCAGCGGCCCACCCGCUCGGAUUCAGAAAAUCAUCGCUUGGCUGGCCGAGAGCGAAGUUGACGUCCGAGCCGUCAUUGAGUGUACCCAGGAGCUAGUGUCGCUGUAUGAGGUCUGGGAGCAGUACAGUGAAAAGCACUGCAAGGAACUCCUAGGCCGGAUGAUCAAGAGCAGGAAUCUUGACAAGUAGGUUUGAACAGAUUUGGAAACAUUGUUCUACGGACCAUUUGGAGUCUUCGGUUCAACCUCAGCAUUUCCAGUAUCCGGGUUCCGACCAACAAUUCAUUGGUCAUUGAGAUGUCAUUAUCAUUGCAUGGGUCCAUGCAUAUACGCAUAUACUACAGCCAGUAUAUCAAUACUGAAUAUAUAUUCACGGAGUAACUG